UUCCCCUCUUCGGAAACAGGUCCAAGUGGCUCUUUUUGUCUUUAAGGUUGCAGACCCCUGCCCUAACCCAACACACCAGCUUCCUUUUGCUCUUCCCUUGCGAGUGCCAAACAGAAGCCUCGGGGGUCUCACUCUUUAGCUCCAGGGAGCUGAGGCUGAUGGGCUUUUGAACUGUGCACUGGAGGUGGUCAAGAAGCUGGCGUGAGUUUCGAUAGCCAGCUGUGGGCAUCCGUGGGAAGGUGGGCGCACACUGGGGUAGUGGGGCUUAAUCUUAGGGUUCCCUCUCUAUGCCAGGCCUGUGGUUCCUCAGCAAGCAUGGCCUUUCCUCGCUCUGUAUCAAGUGCUCCUUUUGCCCCGGGGAGAGAACGCAUUUUGUUUGGGGGAGUUGGGACAAGUUCAGCAGAAACUCAUAGUGAACAAGUUUCCUUCUGAAGUUGGGUGUGUGUGACGGACAGACGGGGCCUUGCUUGGUCGACCUGAGCAGCUAUGCUUUCUGUAAUUUCAGUGGAUAAAAUAAAUCUGGGGCAACUCUUGUUGCACCCUUCAGGACAGAGACUCCGUAGCCAACUGAUCCCCUGCCUUGUCUUGUUAAAAGCUGUUGUGUACUUCUCCUCUGUCCUGGGCGGCUGAAGCCCAGCUUCCUGGCUUCCUUCCAGGCCCUGUUUUCCUCCUUUUCCUGCCCUCCCGAGAAAGGAGGGCAGCACACAAGGUACUCUGUGUGUGGACAGGGAGCCCUUUUCUUCCAGGGCUGGCCUGUUCUGCCGUCUGCUUCCUGUUUAGCCAGGCAGCAGACCCAGAUCGGAUCCAUUUGCUCCCCCACUUGCUGUGUUUAUUUGAAGCCUUACAAAGUUGUGCAGCUGGCAGAAAAUUAGAUUCAGAGUUCUUGGCCUGCUGUGUCAGGCUUGUGAAAUCCGGGAGAAGGGGAAGGCAGUGUGCAGAUCUGAGUUAUGUAGGUAUUCCUGAAACACUAUCCCCUUCCAUCUCUGGGGGCUGGAUCCUUACUCCUGAGAAACUGGAGCGUUGGUGGAAGUUCCAUGACAUCAGGGCAGCUCAGUCAGCAGGGGAGAGGGUGGGGCUGGCAGGCUUCGGCCAGUGAUGCCGCCUGGGCAAACUUGGCAGGCUACAAACAGCAGCAUCUUGUCCCCGUCUGGGAGGCUGACCAGUUUCUCCAUCAGAGAAGCCUUUGAGGCUGUGUGUCCGACCAGUCUGCAGAAAUGGGGGGUCCUGCCUGGGGCACCCUCGGGGGCGCCCUUAUACUCCUCGGGGCCCUUUGGGGACUCGCGUGGGGCGGGCAGCAGAUGGGCAAGCUUGCGGACAAGAAGCUGUGUGCCGACGCCGAAUGCGACCAUCCCAUCUCCAUCGCAGUUGCUCUCCACGACUACAUCGCGCCCGAUUGCCGCUUCAUCCACAUCCAGAGGGGCCAAGUGGUCUACGUCUUCUCCAAGCUGAAGGGCCGCGGGCGACUCUUCUGGGGAGGCAGCGUGCAAGGAGACUAUUAUGGGGAGCAGCCAGCCCGCCUGGGCUACUUCCCCAGCUCCGUCGUCCAGGAGAACCAGUACCUGAAGCCAGGCAAGGUGGAAGUGAAGACUGACAAAUGGGAUUUCUACUGCUAGUGACUCAAGCAGACCAGAUUCGGGUGACGCCCCAGCUCUCGUUCCCGGAGACCGCGCCAGCCUUGCAGGGUAGGCCGCCCAGGAGUCUCACGCCUGCUCUGCCUAGUUCUCUCUAGAUGCUGCUGUUUUCCCUACGUGGGUCUUGCAAGGGGGUGGGGGCCGCAUCCUGCAGCUGCCCCUCAGGUGUAGAUGAAGAUGGGAGCUUCAAUUGACACAACUGACCCCUUGCGCCCUUGAA